AUGGUGAACCAGGUGUUUGCAGACCAACUAGGCAAAAAUGUUGAAGUGUACAUAGAUGACAUGAUAGUCAAGUCAUUAGAUUCAAUGGUGCAUAUUGAAGAUUUGGAGCAAACCUUUGAGAAAUUAAGGCGACAUAGCAUUCGGUUGAAUCCAGCAAAAUGUGCUUUCGGGGUCUUCGCGGGAAAGUUCUUGGGAUUUAUGCUAACUCACAGAGGUAUUGAAGCUAAUCCGGAUAAGUGCAGAGCCGUGCUAGAAAUGAAGGCCCCUACGAGUAAGAAAGAGAUACAGCAACUGACAGGAAGAUUAGCCUCCCUUACCAAGUUUCUACCCCGAUCUGUAGAAACGAUGUUACCAUUCUUUAAAUUACUCAGAAAGGAGGUGCGAUACGGGUGGACUGCGGAGUGUGAAGCUGCAUUCCAAGAGAUAAAAAGACAACUAGCUUCCCUACCAGUUUUAACAAAACCCGGAGAAAAAGAAACACUAAUAAUGUAUCUCUCUGUGGGUGAUGUUGCUAUCAGUUCAGUCCUAGUUCGGGAAAAUGAAGAAGGACAACAACCGAUUUACUUCGUAAGUCAGCUCUUACAAGGAGAAGAGCUCAGGUAUCAGAAGUUAGAAAAAGUGGCUUUUGCCUUGCUAAUUUCUGCUAGAAGACUCAGGGCAUAUUUCCAGGGACAUAAAAUCAUGGGCCGUAAAGCAAUUAAAUCCCAAGCACUGGCGGACUUUGUCAGGGAGCUCACUUCAAUCCAAAGUGAGAGCUCGAACAACCCGGAUACCUGGAACGUGUAUGUAGAUGGCUCCUCUAACUCAAAAGGGAGUGGAGCUGGGGUCAUCAUUGAGAACCCUGAAGGUGUGGCCAUUGAAUAUUCCAUGCAAUUGGAUUUUGAAACAUCAAACAACAAGGCAGAAUACGAAGCCUUCAUAGCUGGACUCUGGCAGGCUAAGGAACUCGGAGCACGAAGGGUACAAGUUCACAGCGAUUUUCAAUUGGUCACCUCUCAAAUUGUAGGGAGUUACCAAGCUAGGGAGCCAUUGCUGACAAAGUAUUUAGACUAUGCUAGGAAGUUAAUGUCAGAAUUUGAAAAGGUGGAUGUCAAUCACAUUCCAAGGAACGAAAACAGCAAGGCUGACAUAUUGUCCAAGCUAGCAAGUACCAAGGGAAGAGGAAAUCAUAGGACAGUGGUUGAGCAGAGUAUCCCAGAACCCGCCUGCGAAAUGCAGAUAGCAGAGGUAGAUGAUUGGCAUUUUAUCAUCAUCGAUUACCUAGAAAAAUGGGACGCUACCUCCGGGAAAGGAAGAAGCCAGGAAAUUAGUCAGAGACGCAACACUAUAUACCAUGGUGGAAGGGCAGCUGUACAAAAAAAGGAUUUAUUCACCUCUGCUGAAGUGCUUGAGCUCGGAUAUGGCACAAUACAUCCUAUCUAA